AAAAAAAAUAGCUUGCAAGUCAUUUAUUCUACUCGGAAGUUACUGCCUGAGAAACAAAAAUACACAAACGUGAACUCGGUUCUGAGAACGCCUCAGGAACGAGGAGUCUGAGGCCUGAAGUAAAAGCGCUCAGCUAACCCUAACCUGCAGGUUGGGCUGCGAGGGUCCGUAGUACGCUGGUCCCAGACCCAGCCCCCCGCAGCGAGAUGGACCCUCCUGGGGCCGACUCCUGGCGGCCUCGGCACCUCGCCCCCUGCCAGAACUCCCUACGGACCGCAAACUUUGGUGCCCCAGCGGGCUCGAGGUCCAGAACAGCGCCCAGAGGGUUUGUGCGCCUAGACCCUACAGGGGGUCACGUUGACGCCGUGGGGAACGGGGAGCGCCCUCGUCCAACGUGGCGGGGGAGGGGCGAGCUCGAGUUCUCGCGAGGUUUCGGCCUCUCUCCGGAGGCGACAAGUCCGCGGCGGACGCGAUAUGCGGUCUGCAGAAGGAGCCGGAGGCCCGGAGAGGACCGUUGCCGCGCGGAGCCCGUGCGGGACGGACAAGCUCUCAACCCCAGACGGCCAGUUCCGCCGUGAGUCGCCGCGGCGUGAGCCUGAGACACCGCCAGCCUCAUCCUUGAGCUGUGGGAGCGGCGUAGGCAAACCUCGCGAGGAAAAGAAGACGGCCCUAAGCAAGGUGGUCAUCCGGCGGCUUCCCCCUGGUCUCACCCAGGAGCAGCUGCAGGAGCAACUGCGCCCACUGCCCGCCCACGACUAUUUCGAAUUCUUCUCGGCGGACCUCAGUCUUUACCCUCAUCUCUAUUCAAGAGCAUACAUUAAUUUUAGAAAUCCUGAUGACAUCCUUCUUUUUAGAGAUCGUUUUGAUGGAUAUAUCUUCAUUGACAGUAAAGGUCUGGAAUAUCCUGCUGUGGUAGAGUUUGCUCCGUUCCAGAAGGUAGCCAAAAAGAAGCCUAAGAAAAAAGAUGCCAAGACCGGGAGCAUUGAAGAUGAUCCAGAAUAUAAGAAGUUUUUAGAAACUUACUGUGUGGAGGAAGAGAAGGCCAUUGCCAACCCUGAAACUCUACUGGGAGAGAUAGAGGCAAAAACGAGAGAACUCAUUGCUAGAAGAACUACACCUCUUUUGGAAUAUAUUAAAAAUAGAAAAUUAGAAAAGCAGAGAAUUCGAGAGGAGAAACGAGAAGAGCGGAGGAGGAGGGAGUUAGAGAAGAAACGCUUGCGGGAAGAGGAGAAAAGAAAAAGAAGAGAAGAAGAAAGGUGUAAAAGAAAAGAGGAAGAUAAACAGAAGAAAACUACUGAGAAAGAAAUAAGAAUUAAGCACAGGGGUCCUCAAACUGCACCUGCGGGCCACAUGAAGCGGUGUGAUUGCAUUUGUUCCCGUUUUGUUUUUUUACUUCAAAAUAAGCUUCUUAAGAAACUGGAAAAGGGAGAGGAACCAACCACAGAGAAACCAAGAGAAAGAGAAGAAAUUGAUGUUGAAGAUGGAAAACAUGAAGCCCGUGCUGCUUGUGCAGUCGGGAAAGCCAGACCCUUGGAGAUCUGCCUGGAGGAGCCCAGGGAGAAGUCACAAAAUGUCAGUGACAAAGAGCACAGGGACAUGGACAGAAGGUCUCGAGAAAAAGAACCGGAAGCACAAAGACAGCUCACGGACGACAACAGGAAGCACAGAGCUCACCGCCAGCUGGGCGGGCUCUCAGGGAGGAGUGAAGAUGAGCCAAGAUGGGGGAAAGCGUCUGCCCCAGACAGAGAGAAGGAGGGAGGGUGGCCAGCACGGCAGCGCCCCCGGGGAAGUCGCAGAGAGAACCAGAAGAGGGCAGAGGUGUGAUGACAGUCCUGCACCCAGACAGGGACAGCUGAGAAAUAAGGUCUUUAUUAAACCCUAAAAGAAAAUCUCUCUUAAGAUCCAGUUUUGUGCUCUGGUGGUGUGAGGGGUACUUGUGCUGUCUUAGGGAACCUAUGGCUUUGAGGGGGUCAGUGUUCACUAGAGCAGUUACUCCUGAAAGUCAAAUCCUAAAAUGAUAAUGGAAGUCAUCUUAGAGAUUCAAGUUAUUUUUCACCAGGAAAAAGGAUUUUAUUUGGUAUAAAACUAGCAUGUUUAUACCAUUUGCUUGAGAAUAAAGUAAGUUCACACUUACCCUUAAAGACAGUAAGGAAAAUAUUGACGAACUUUCUUUUACGUUAUUAACAACAGUCUGAUUAUUAUUGAGUAAUCAAAUGCCCCACAAACACCCAUAAGUUGAAUUCUGUACAGACAGUGAACCCACUUAGCCCAAAAAGCGGCUUCUCCUUCAGAAGUUUGAAGUUAGUUUUUGUUCAGGUCACUUUUUCCCAAAGAAGCAUCACAGAUGGUGUCAUCUCCUGGCAGGGCCAGCCCAAACCAGGGCUCCCUGAGUUGAGGGGUGUUCAGGGCUCCAGUUCAUACCUUCCUCCCUGGCCCUGACCCCUGCAGCCCCUUGUCCAUUCUCUAUCUCUGAGCUUUUAUCAUUUCAAGAAUGCUUUCUACAUGAACUAAAACUGAUAUUAAUAUUACUAAUCAGCAAUUUCCACAUGGAUUAGUCCUGCCUCCCAUCUCACACUGGGGAACUGUGAAUGUCCUCUUUUUAGAAAACACUCACUGCCCUGUUACUAGAUUCCUGAAGGUACAGGAAUAAGAAUGAGGACUGAAUAAAGUACACAGAGAGCAACAGCUGCCAGGCCUGAGGAAGAGGAUGAGUAUUCCUGAAGACCAGCACCAGAGUUCAGCACACAGACACACAUCCAGAAACACACUGUACAGAGUCAUAGACACCCACACAGACACACACUCACGAGGAGUAUCAUCUUGUCAUAUUUCUCAUAAUAGGUUAAUAGUUAAUUGUUAUAAAUUAAGUAGACAAGAGAAUAAUUUUUUUUUUUAGAAUAAUUCUUUACUAAUAAAGUGGAUCAGUUAAUUGUAUUAGAUCUAUACAUACUAUAAUCCAAACUGCUUUUAUUCUUUCUUGCAGGAAGCAAUUCCUAAUUGAUUUUUCAUUUUAAUUAUACUUCUAAAAUGUGUAUUAAUGCAGUAAUUUCAGUAGAAAAAUUAAAUUUGGUUUUCUAUAACAGAAAAGCAGCCUGAUUGUGGCUGCUUCAUUUAAUGGUUUGAGCACAUGCAAACACUCAGCGUUCUUAUUCUCUACACAUACAACAAAGGACAAAGCCUGAUGUCUGAGAUUGAGAUUGGGGCUCCUUCCCUGAUUCUGUCAGGUCACCACUUCUUGCUGCAUUUCAGUUCACAUGCCUUCACCCAUUCCCUGACUCAAUUCAAGUUUGGCCCCUGGAAUCUAAUGUAGAUUCAGAAAACAUCCAGGUAAGGAAUUGAUAAGAACACAUUCAAAAGAGCAGUGGUUCUCAACCUUCCCAAUGCUGCGAUCCUUUAAUACAGUUCCUCAGGUUGUGAUGACCCCCAACCAUAAAAUUAUUUUCAUUGCUACUUCAUAAUUGUAAUUUUGCUACUGUUAUGAAUCGUAAGGUGAAUGUCUAAUAUGCAGGAUGUAUUUAGGCGACCCCUGUGUAAGGCUCAUUUGACCCCCAACAAGGUCGCGACCCACAGGUUGAGAACUGCUGCAAUAGAGUCUUAAACCUAUUUGAGAGUCUGUAAGGGCCUAGUUUUAGUACAGUAUUCUGUGAGAGUUAUUUCUAUUUUCUUCAGUUACUUUUGUUCAGGGCAAUAUACUAAGAGACUUCUAAAAGACAAAGAUUUCAGCUUUGGAGCAAGCAUUAUUCAUCUUGAAAUAUUUAAUAUUCUAUAAUUUAGAGCACAGACCUACUUUGACCUACAAUACCUUUGUUUACACAAUUUCAAUUCAAAAUAAUGGCAGAGGGUGUUUGACAUUUUGUUAUUUUGCUGAUGUUUCUCCACAGAAGAAACAAUGGAAGGAUUCAGUCAUGGCCCAUCAUAAUCUAGAUUUUUGCUUCCAAGAGUUGGUUUAAGUCAGAAAUUCGUUCAGGGUUCAAUUUGGGUAGAUCUUUAGGGUAAUUAACUUACUCUAACACUUUCAGAAAUAAACUAAUGGAGUCAUUCAUAUUAGGCCCUGCCCCCACAGCGAACCCUGUUUCAUAUCUCAGACUCUUAGAAAUUCUUGACCUGUAAAGCCUUAAAGUUCAGAGAACAGAAAAAGUUGCUUGUUUUUACAUUUAACAUUUACAGCUUACGAAGUGUGUUUCUCCCCCCACCCCCAGGGAUGGGGUCUAAUUGUCUAAUUAUGUUUGUUGUGUAGUCUGGAUCAUAUAGUAAUUCUAUUUUUAAUCUUUUUGAGGCAUUCCAUAUGGUUUUCCACAGCAGCAGCACCAUUUCACAAUCUCGCCCAGGUGCACAGGGCUCUAAGCACUCCACAUCCUCACCAAUACUAACUUUGUUGUUUUUCAUGGUAGCCAGCUGGUGGGUUUGAGGUGGUAUCUCAAUUGUGGUUUAGAGCUGCAUUUCUCUAACAAUUAUUAAUGUGAACAUCAUUUUAUAUGUUUGUUGGUAUUUUGUAUAUGAUCUUUGGAGAAACACUCAAAUCCUUUGCCCAUUUUAAAUCUUUUUUUUAUUGUUGUUGAGUUCUCUAUAUACUCUGGUAUAUAUGUAUACCAGAUGUAUGAUUUGUACAUAUUUUCAGAUGUAUGAUUUGUAAAUAUUUUCUCCCAUUCUGUGUGUUGCCUUUUUCCUGUGUUGAUAACUUUUUUUAUUUAUAGUACAUUUUAUUUUCAUUGAUAUUACAUAUUUCAUUUAACAUAAUUUCAAAGUAGGUCUGUGCUGUAAGAUAAGCAAAAGAACAGAUAUCCUAAACUCCUAAGAGAUUCUCUGAUGUUCUCUGUUGCUUUUUAUAGAUGGCUUUUAUUAUGUUGUGGUAGUUUUCUUCUAUUCCCAAAUUGUUGAGACUUUUUGUCAUAAAGGGUGUUGAAUUUCGUUAAUUCUCUUGUUAGUCUUUAAAUAGUUAGUAGACUUGAACAGUAAAGCAAGCAGACAGGGCUUUUCCUUGUUUGGAGAUUUUUGACUAUCGAUUUAACCUGCUUACUAGUUAUAAGUCUAUUCAAGUUUCCUAUUUCUUUAUGGUUUAGUCUUGGUAGGUUUUCUAUUUCUACAAAUUUGUCCAUUUCAUGUAGGUAACAAUUUAUCAGCAUCUAGUUAUUCAUAGUGUUCUCUCAUAAUUUUUAUUUCUGUAGAAAUCGAUAUAAUUGGCUUGGCACCUGUAGCUCAGUGAGUAGGGCGCCAGCCACAUAUACAGAGGCUGGCAGGUUCAAUCCGGCCUGGGCCUGCCAAACGACGACAACUACAGUAAAAAAAUAGCCAGGUGUUGUGGCGGGUGCCUGUAGUCCCAGCUACUUGGAAGGUUGAGGGAAGAAAAUCGCUUCAGCCCAAGAGUUUGAGGUUGUUGUAAGCUGUGAAGCCAUGGCAGUCUACCAAAGGCGACAUAGUGAGACUCUGUCUCAAAAGAAA